GAGAUUCAAUGAAUAUCAUUAAAGAUCAACGAAAUUUCUCGAAGAUUACCGAAGUGCUCCGACAUAUUAGCUGAAAGAGGUGAAUCCUUUUAUCGUGUGACAUCGACAUAGACUGGUAGCCAAUAUAGGCAACGUCGGUAUUUGCUAUAUUUUCCGUGCGUAGCGUAUUCGUUUAGAGGCUAAGGAGUAAAAAGAGAAAGAAGUAGGAGUAUAAGAAGCAAUAGAAGAGGAAGAGGAGGAGGUGGUAGUGGCGAAGGAGAAGGAGGUAGAGGAUAAACGUGUAAUUUUGCGAAUGUGCGCCUUUCUCUUCUUCGCGGUCCAAAUAAUUCGUGAAAAACGAUGUCGGAUCCCAUAGCCACGGACAUGAUCGACGGCAUCUGGCCAUUUUUAAAGAGCAUCGAUUGGAGAGAUCCAUGGCUAGCUUUAUUAUUAACUUUUCAUGUUGCUGUUACAAUGACAGCACUAAUGACACGAAAUCAUGCUAAUUUUCAAAUAAUUUUAUUCCUUGUACUUCUACUUCUUGUUUACUUCACGGAAACCAUCAAUGAAGUCGCUGCAACAAAUUGGAUGGUUUUCUCAAGGCAACAGUACUUUGAUUCUCAAGGAUUAUUUAUAUCGAUAGUUUUUUCUGCACCUAUCUUGAUGAAUUGCAUGAUCAUGGUGGCCAGUUGGCUAUAUCAGUCCAGUCAAUUGAUGACAAAUUUGAAAAGAGCACAAUUGAGACAGCAGGCAAAAAAUCGUCAAUCGAAUGGUGAUUUGUCAAAUAUAAAUGGUAAUACAAAUCGACAGAAACAAGAAUGAAAAAAGUCUAGUCAGACGAUGAGAAAUGAAUUUAAGGAUACGCAUUAAGCAUUAUUAUAAGACAAAAUAAUAGAAAUAAGUGAUAGUUUUAACAAUAGGCGGAAGUCUGCAUUGCCAUGUAAUCCCUUGAAUGUGAAAAACAUGUCCCGAAAAUAUCAUUCUUUUUUAGCUAUUACCAAUUAAUUGGGAAGUGUAACUUAUAUUGGUACUGCCUAGUCAAUAUAAUGAUGACUUGUAUUUUCAAACUUUCAGUAUUGUAUAAAUGUAAUUCGAUUGUAUUAAGAAGAAUUUUCGAUGCAUACUGUAAAGAUAAAAAGUAAGCUAAAUCAAGUAUUUAAAACGAAAUUGAAGAUCUUGAUCAAACUUUAGGUAAUGUUUAAAGUCUGUGUUUAUAGAUUGGCCCAAAAUAAUGAUGUUAUUUUUUAUUAAGAUACAUUCCUACAGCUUUCUCCUUUUUCUUACUAAUUAAUUUGUUGUAAAAUACUGAUAAUAAGACAAAGUGUUCUUAAUGCAAAAUCAUGUACUUACUAUUGCAAUAGAUAUUGCUUUUAAUGCAAGACAAUGGUCUAGAAGUAAAGGCAUAAUUAGAUGAAUAUAAAUCAUGUAACCAAGCAUGUGUGCGUUAUGUAUAUCAAUGUGUGAGAAGUCAUGUUAAAAUGUAUGUAUGUCCCCUAUGAAUGCGUGAAUAAAUGCUUCUUAAAUCAA